UAAAGCUAAGUACCAAUUUUAUAUCGUCAUGUUCUCUAUUUUUGCUUAUUCUAAAUUAUACACUUUGUAAUCAAAGCUAUUAAUUUUCUAUUGCUAUGUUUCUUUGUUGCAACUUGUAACAUAGAUAGAAACUUCAAUUUGAUCGCAAUUAUAGGUCAAACAUUUUAAUUUUAAGUAUGAGUAUUUAGACACUUCAACUUAUUUUUAUAACAUAGAAAUCUCCACAAAUAUAAAAUUAAGUUGGAGGUCAUAUUUUAUAUUCAAAUACCAUUAGCAUGUUGUGCAUUGACUCAUAAUCCCUCUGUUUUAGCUUCUUUUCAUUGCAUCAUUUCUUGGCUUUUCAUCUCUCAUUCUCAACAACUAUUCAUUUGUGGUGCAGCUAACCAUGUCUGAAUCACUAGCAGGAAAGAGGUUUCUUAUCGGUUACGCUCUUUCAUCUCAAAAGAUCAACACCUUUAUGAAAGAUUCUCUGGUCAUUCAUGCCCGAGAUCGAGGCGUUGAUCUCAUCCCCAUCGAUCUCGACAAGCCAUUGAUCGAACAAGGUCCCUUCGACUGCGUCAUUCACAAGCUAUAUGACACAGAGUGGAGGAAACAGCUCGAAGAAUUCUCCCUCCAGAGCCCUACUACACUCAUAAUUGACCCUGUAAAUGCCGUCGAGAAGCUCCAGAAUCGAGUCUCUAUGCUCGAAUUCGUCAACGAAUUGAAAAUCGAGCAUCUCGAAACUCCUUUACAGGUUUUCGUUUCGGACGAUUCAUCGGAAUCUCUGCAGGACGCUAUGACUCGUGAGGGCUUGAAGUUUCCCCUAAUUGCCAAGCCGUUGAUAGCAGAUGGCGCUGCGAAUUCACACCAAUUGUCUUUAAUCCUAAACCAAAAAGGAUUAACAAAAUUAAACCCUCCAAUUGUACUACAGGAAUUCGUGAACCACGGUGGAGUCAUUUUCAAAGUUUAUGUAGCAGGAGAUCACGUGAAAUGCGUGAAAAGGAAGUCACUAACCGAUAUCUCUGAAGAAAAACUGAACACUAGCACCUCAGAGAAUUACCAGGUAUCAAAUUUUUCUGCUCAAAAUCAGAGCGAUCACGAGAAUUUUGCAGAGCUCAUCAAGGCGGCAGAAAUGCCGCCUUUGAGCUUUGUAAACGAAGUGGCUAAUCGGAUGAGGGAUGCUCUGAAGCUGCAUCUAUUUAACUUUGAUAUGCUAAGGGACAGUAGAAUUGGAACUCGAUAUCUUGUAAUUGAUGUCAAUUACUUCCCUGGUUAUGCUAAGAUGCCCCAAUUCGAGACUGUGCUGACUGAUUUCUUCAUUGAUAUUGCACACCAGAAGCGAAACAGAGAGAGUGGUGACUCGGACCAGAUGGAGAAUAAGACCAAGGAUGCAGAUUCGAAUAGAAACAAUCUAUAACUAGGCUGAUUAUGAUUUGUUUUCAAGCGAAUCGAAGUGACAAAUGACUGAAUUGAUUCUAAUCAUUAGACUUUACUGUUUUAAUACGCAUGCAUGUAAGUGACCACAUGAGUGGUUUACGUCUCCCUUCUCCACAUCAACUUUUUAGGAAUAUGAUUUGGAUAAUUUUCACCUUGUGAACUGAUUUUUGAAGUUGGGUAUGACCAAAGUUUGAUCUUUUAACAUGUGUUAGGACGAAUAAA